AUGAGUGAUAACCCGACGCGCCAAAAUCCUCCCAGCCGAACAGAACAUGUUGUUCCAGUCGUGAUUGAGGAAUCAGAGAAGAAGGACGAACAAUCAUUGAAGUCCAAGAUCACCGGAUUGUUCAAGAAGUCAACUGCUCACUCUGAUUAUCCAAUCUCUGACCAAUAUGACGGACCAUUGGAUUCCACUCAUCGUGCUGAAAAUCUCCAAGAUGUCCCACUUUCUCAUGAAGUCGCAUCUUAUCCAUCCGAGUUCAGCUACGAGAAGCUUCCAGAACAUGUUGUUCCAGUCGUGAUUGAGGAAUCAGAGAAGAAGGACGAACAAUCAUUGAAGUCCAAGAUCACCGGAUUGUUCAAGAAAUCACCAUCUCAUCUUGACUAUCCAAUCUCUGACCAAUAUGACGGACCAUUGGAUUCCACUCAUCGUGCUGAAAAUCUCCAAGAUGUCCCACUUUCUCAUGAAGUCGCAUCUUAUCCAUCCGAGUUCAGCUACGAGAAGCUUCCAGAACAUGUUGUUCCAGUCGUGAUUGAGGAACCAGAGAAGAAGGACGAACAAUCAUUGAAGUCCAAGAUCACCGGAUUGUUCAAGAAAAGUCAACAUGCUCACUCUGACUAUCCAAUCUCUGACCAAUAUGACGGACCAUUGGAUUCCACUCAUCGUGCUGAAAAUCUCCAAGAUGUCCCACUUUCUCAUGAAGUCGCAUCUUAUCCAUCCGAGUUCAGCUACGAGAAGCUUCCAGAACAUGUUGUUCCAGUCGUGAUUGAGGAAUCAGAGAAGAAGGACGAACAAUCAUUGAAGUCCAAGAUCACCGGAUUGUUCAAGAAAUCACCAUCUCAUCUUGACUAUCCAAUCUCUGACCAAUAUGACGGACCAUUGGAUUCCACUCAUCGUGCUGAAAAUCUCCAAGAUGUCCCACUUUCUCAUGAAGUCGCAUCUUAUCCAUCCGAGUUCAGCUACGAGAAGCUUCCAGAACAUGUUGUUCCAGUCGUGAUUGAGGAAUCAGAGAAGAAGGACGAACAAUCAUUGAAAUCCAAGAUCACCGGAUUGUUCAAGAAGUCAACUGCUCACUCCGAUUAUCCAAUCUCUGACCAAUAUGACGGACCAUUGGAUUCCACUCAUCGUGCUGAAAAUGCUCCAAGAUGUCCCACUUUCUCAUGA